AAAGCCUGUAUAUAAGCUCAAAAAUAACAGGCUUGAACAUAUUUACUUGCUUUGCUUUUCAGUCACCCUGUGCUCAAUUAAUAGAGUGCAAGGAUGGAGGCUGGGAGGCUGCCUCUGAUUUGUACCACAGGGUGCCUCUGGGUGACCCUCUCCCGCUUGUCAGCUGGAGGCUGUAGCCAUGUGGACUGGGGGGCCAGCUCGGGCUCCCCGCUGUCUGCCGAGAACUGGGUUCUUGCCAGGCUCUUGAGGAGUUGGAUCAGGAGCUUGAAGCCCCGCCUUUUUAUCUUCCUCUUCCAGCCCUCUGGGUGCGUGAAGUGGUGACUGAUAGAGAAAUGGGGGUCCAUCUGCUCUGCUCCAGCCCGUCCUUCCCCUGUUACACGGUGUUUGCCAGCUAGUCCUCUUCCUUGGUUCUCAAUUUCCUCUUGUAAAGCGAGGAGUUUGGACGUUCCCCUCCAGCCCACUCCUGUGACCCAUUUCCCCCUUCACUGCCUUCUGAGGGGACGUGUGCCUCGUGGCCAGGGGGCUUGAUCUGUGUGCACUGGACGGUGCUCGGCUGGGCUGGUGCAGGUGAGAAGGCCGCACGGGCCUCGUAGUGGAUGCCAGUGCUCGCGCCUCCCGCGCCGCCACCACCCCCCAUCCAAGGAUAUGCCUUCAAGCCUCCACCUAGACCCGACUUUGGGACCUCUGGGAGAACAAUCAAAUUACAGGCCAAUUUCUUUGAAAUGGACAUUCCAAAAAUUGACAUCUAUCAUUAUGAAUUGGAUAUCAAGCCAGAGAAGUGCCCACGAAGAGUCAACAGGGAAAUAGUGGAACAUAUGGUCCAGCACUUUAAAACACAGAUCUUUGGGGAUCGGAAACCAGUGUUUGAUGGAAGAAAGAAUCUUUAUACAGCCAUGCCCCUUCCGAUUGGGAGGGAUAAGGUGGAGCUGGAGGUCACGCUGCCCGGAGAAGGCAAGGACCGCAUCUUCAAGGUGUCCAUCAAGUGGGUGUCCUGCGUGAGCCUGCAGGCGUUACACGAUGCACUUUCGGGGCGGCUGCCCAGCGUCCCCUUUGAGACCAUCCAGGCCCUGGAUGUGGUCAUGAGGCAUUUGCCAUCCAUGAGGUACACCCCCGUGGGCCGCUCCUUCUUCACCGCAUCCGAGGGCUGCUCAAACCCCCUUGGAGGAGGCCGAGAAGUGUGGUUUGGCUUCCAUCAGUCCGUCCGACCUUCUCUCUGGAAAAUGAUGCUGAAUAUUGACGUCUCGGCCACCGCGUUUUAUAAGGCACAGCCCGUCAUCGAGUUUGUUUGUGAAGUUUUGGAUUUUAAAAGCAUUGAAGAACAACAAAAACCUCUGACAGAUUCCCAAAGGGUAAAGUUUACCAAAGAAAUCAAAGGUCUCAAGGUGGAGAUAACGCACUGUGGGCAGAUGAAGAGGAAGUACCGCGUCUGCAAUGUGACCCGGCGGCCGGCAAGUCACCAAACGUUCCCGCUGCAGCAGGAAAGCGGGCAGACGGUGGAGUGCACGGUGGCCCAGUACUUCAAGGACAGGCACAAGCUGGUCCUGCGCUACCCCCACCUGCCGUGUUUGCAGGUCGGGCAGGAGCAGAAGCACACCUACCUUCCCCUGGAGGUCUGUAACAUAGUGGCAGGGCAGAGAUGUAUAAAGAAACUGACCGACAAUCAAACCUCAACCAUGAUCCGAGCGACUGCCCGGUCAGCGCCCGACCGGCAGGAAGAGAUUAGCAAAUUGAUGCGCAGUGCAAGUUUCAAUACAGACCCGUACGUCCGUGAGUUUGGAAUCAUGGUCAAGGACGAGAUGACGGACGUGACUGGGCGGGUCCUGCAGCCGCCCUCCAUCCUGUACGGGGGCAGGAAUAAAGCGAUUGCCACCCCUGUGCAGGGCGUCUGGGACAUGAGGAACAAACAGUUCCACACGGGCAUCGAGAUCAAGGUGUGGGCCAUCGCCUGCUUCGCUCCCCAGCGCCAGUGCACGGAGGUCCAUCUCAAGUCCUUCACGGAGCAGCUCCGAAAGAUCUCAAGGGAUGCUGGGAUGCCAAUCCAGGGGCAGCCGUGCUUCUGCAAGUAUGCCCAGGGGGCGGACAGUGUGGAGCCCAUGUUCCGGCACCUGAAGAAUGCCUACGCGGGCCUGCAGCUGGUGGUCGUCAUCUUGCCGGGCAAAACCCCCGUGUAUGCCGAGGUGAAGCGCGUGGGCGACACGGUGCUGGGGAUGGCCACGCAGUGCGUGCAGAUGAAGAACGUGCAGAGGACCACGCCGCAGACCCUGUCCAACCUCUGCCUAAAGAUCAACGUCAAGCUCGGGGGCGUCAACAACAUCCUGCUGCCCCAGGGCAGACCCCCCGUGUUCCAGCAGCCCGUCAUCUUUCUGGGGGCAGAUGUCACGCACCCCCCCGCCGGGGAUGGGAAGAAGCCCUCCAUUGCCGCCGUCGUGGGCAGCAUGGAUGCGCACCCCAACCGCUACUGCGCCACCGUGCGGGUCCAGCAGCAUCGGCAGGAGAUCAUCCAGGACCUGGCUGCUAUGGUCCGCGAGCUGCUCAUCCAGUUCUACAAGUCCACACGCUUCAAGCCCACCCGCAUCAUCUUCUACCGCGACGGCGUCUCCGAGGGGCAGUUCCAGCAGGUCCUCCACCAUGAAUUACUGGCCAUCCGAGAGGCGUGCAUUAAGCUGGAGAAAGAUUACCAGCCGGGGAUUACUUUUAUAGUUGUGCAGAAGAGGCACCACACGCGGCUCUUCUGUACUGACAAGAAUGAGCGGGUCGGGAAAAGUGGAAACAUUCCAGCAGGCACGACCGUGGACACGAAAAUCACCCACCCGACUGAGUUUGACUUCUACCUGUGCAGCCAUGCUGGCAUCCAGGGCACGAGCCGGCCCUCCCACUACCAUGUGCUCUGGGACGACAACCGCUUCUCCUCGGACGAACUGCAGAUCCUCACCUACCAGCUCUGCCACACCUACGUGCGCUGCACACGCUCCGUGUCCAUCCCGGCGCCCGCCUACUAUGCCCACCUGGUGGCCUUCCGGGCCAGGUACCACCUGGUGGACAAAGAGCAUGACAGUGCUGAAGGAAGCCAUACCUCGGGGCAGAGUAACGGGCGCGACCACCAGGCCCUGGCGAAGGCCGUGCAAGUGCACCAGGACACGCUGCGCACCAUGUACUUUGCUUGACGUGUUCCAGUGUUUAGCGAUUGUGUAUGAAGUUGGAUUCACACGAGACCAGCUACAGUCCGACCAACAGCUGCCCAGCCCUCCCGUGACAGCCAGCAUUAAACAUGAGACAUCAUUUAUUUUAUUAGAUCCUCCACUUUCCAGAAUGCCUUCUGUCCCAGAUUUCAACUUGGAUUUUGAACUGCAGACCUGUAUGAGACCCCACUGUUGUAGGAAAUAUGGUUUGCCAAAAUCUAUAAGCUGCUUAUUAAAAUAGAGUCCCAUGUUUCCUAAAAUUUCCUAAAACCAAUCUAUGAACUCAGGGCUUUAAAACAUUUUUAAUUUAUUUGGUCAUUCAAUUUACUUGUUUUUAAACACAUGAUUCUCUAUGAAAUUGAUCGGCUGAAACUAGCUGUGAACAUUCUUUUUAAGAGGUAAAAGCAACAGAAAACAUGAUUGUGGUUUUAAAGCCUUGAACAUUCUGAUGUCGUCACUGAAGUUUCUUUGAAAGCGAUUCCCGGCGAGCUGCUGGCGUUGCCCCUGGGCACGCCAGGCGCAGGGGCAGGUGGCCACAUAAGGCCUGACCCCCAGGUGUCCCUCCUGCCAGCGCCGCCCUUUCACUCAGCCCGAAAGGGGGGGGUGGUGGCAGGAGACGGCCGCGUGUGCUGCAACAUUCAGAGGUCCAGAGAGAUUGGCAGACAAGUGCCAUUUUAAUAGAAAAUUAUUUAAAAAAAAAAAAAAAAAGACAA